AUGACUAUCAGCAAUUUGAUACGAUCGCGCUGCACACUAGCUACCGCAAAAUCGUUUCUGGAGAACGUGAAAUCGUACUCCAGCCAUGCAACGUUUGCGGAACACAAACAGCUGGAAAGGAUCCGAAACAUCGGCAUCUCGGCACACAUCGACAGUGGCAAAACGACCCUUACCGAGCGCAUUCUGUUCUACACCGGUCGGAUCAAGGAAAUGCACGAGGUGAAGGGAAAGGACAAUGUGGGCGCAACGAUGGACUCGAUGGAGCUGGAACGGCAGCGCGGUAUUACGAUUCAAUCGGCCGCUACGUACACGCUCUGGAAGGAACAUAACAUUAACAUCAUCGAUACACCCGGGCAUGUCGAUUUUACGGUGGAAGUUGAGCGUGCAUUGCGUGUGCUGGAUGGUGCCGUACUGGUGCUGUGCAGUGUUGGCGGUGUACAGAGCCAAACGUUGACGGUGAAUCGACAGAUGAAGCGAUAUAAUGUGCCGUGUUUGGCGUUCAUUAACAAGCUUGACCGAUCGGGCGCCAAUCCGUACCGUGUGCUGGGACAGAUGCGUUCGAAAUUGAACCACAAUGCAGCGUUUGUGCAGCUACCGAUUGGGGUGGAAAACAAUUGCAAAGGUGUGAUUGAUCUGGUGAAGCAGCGUGCACUUUACUUCGAGGAACCGUUUGGAUUGAAAAUUCGGGAGGAUGAAAUUCCGGCCGAUAUGCGAACGGAGUGUGUCGAACGGCGGCAGGAACUGAUUGAGCAUCUGUCAAAUGUGGAUGAAAAGAUUGGCGAACUGUUUUUGGAGGAGCGUGAGGCAACGGUCGAAGACAUAAUGGGAGCGAUACGACGAUCUACGCUAAAGCGUGCCUUUACACCGGUGCUGGUUGGUACGGCGCUCAAGAACAAAGGUGUCCAACCGCUGCUGGAUGCGGUGCUGGACUAUCUGCCCCAUCCGGGUGAGGUCGAGAAUGUGGCUCUGAUCGAGAAGAAGGACGAAGAGCCGCAGAAGGUGCUACUGAACCCGGCCCGCGAUGGAAAGGAUCCGUUCGUUGGGUUAGCCUUCAAGCUGGAAGCGGGUCGUUUCGGUCAGCUGACGUACCUUCGCUGCUAUCAGGGCGUACUGCGCAAGGGAGAUAACAUCUUCAACACUCGAUCAGGCAAAAAGAUUCGCCUGGCUCGUCUGGUCCGACUGCACUCCAACCAGAUGGAGGACGUUAACGAGGUGUACGCCGGUGACAUUUUCGCCCUGUUUGGGGUCGACUGUGCAUCCGGCGAUACGUUCGUAACGAACCCAAAGCUGGAACUGUCGAUGGAAUCGAUCUUUGUGCCCGAUCCGGUCGUAUCGAUGGCCAUCAAACCGAACAACUCGAAGGAUCGGGACAAUUUUGCAAAAGCCAUCGCCCGCUUCACCAAAGAGGAUCCAACCUUCCACUUCGAGUACGAUCCGGACGUGAAGGAAACGCUCGUGUCCGGUAUGGGCGAGCUGCAUCUCGAAAUUUACGCCCAGCGCAUGGAGCGGGAGUACAACUGUCCGGUAACGCUCGGCAAACCGAAGGUAGCGUUCCGUGAAACGCUUAUCGGACCGUGCGAGUUUGACUAUCUGCACAAGAAGCAAUCGGGUGGUCAGGGACAGUACGCGCGGGUGUCGGGCAUUUUGGAACCGUUGCCACCGCAUCAAAACACCGUGAUUGAGUUUGUGGACGAAACGAUGGGUACGAACGUGCCGAAACAGUUUAUCCCAGGAAUAGAGAAGGGAUUUAAACAGAUGGCGGAAAAGGGUCUUCUAUCCGGUCACAAGCUGUCGGGCAUUAAGUUCCGCCUGCAGGACGGUGCUCAUCAUAUUGUUGAUUCCAGCGAGCUGGCGUUCAUGCUGGCUGCCCAGGGUGCGAUUAAGAGUGUGUUCGAAAAUGGUAGCUGGCAAAUACUGGAACCGAUCAUGAUGGUGGAAGUGACGGCACCGGAAGAGUUCCAGGGUACGGUGAUUGGACAGCUAAACAAGCGCCACGGUAUCAUUACGGGUACGGAAGGUGCCGAGGGAUGGUUUACGGUGUACGCCGAGGUGCCGUUGAACGAUAUGUUUGGAUACGCGGGUGAGCUACGGUCCAGCACGCAGGGUAAGGGUGAGUUUAGUAUGGAGUACAGCCGAUACUCGCCGUGUAUGCCGGAGGCACAGGAAAAGCUAGUUCACGAGUACCAAGUGGCGCAGGGUUUGGUGGUGGACAAGAAGCAGAAGAAAAAGAACUAG